UAAGCAACAGUUGAUUGGUUUUACUCUUUUCGAAUUGUUUGAUCCAACAACACGUCUGUAAUAUAAAACAAAAUGGUUGGGUCGCAUGAUUUAUUUGUUAAUCAUGAUAUAUAUGGUUCUAAUGACGUCGACACUGACGAAAAACGAACCAAAACAAAUCCUCACAAAUAUCUUUCCACUAGAAUCUAAAUUAAAACCGAUAUUAUUAUGUAGAAACAGGCAUAAAACAAAUAUAGACAUACAACAAUAUUGUCUUUAUAUAACAAUAUUAUUAUUAAAAAAGACGAGAGAAAGUUCUAUUUAUAUAUUAGUAGAAAAAAUUGACAAAAUCUGAGUCCACGUCAAAACCCUUUUUGUAGCCGAAGCAUCUGGUUCUCUAUCCUCGUCUCUAACCACAUACUCGACAAAGUAUCUCUCUUUUCUCUCUCUUCUAAGAUAUCUUCUUCUUCCCCUCUCUAUAUAUGGAUGAUUAGAUAUGGUACGGAACAAUCACUCACACACAAAACACACUCUAGAUAUAAAGGAUUAGAUACGUAACAUAUCUUCUUUUUUACUAGGGUUUCGGAAUUUUGGAUAUCAAAUUUUAACAUCAAGCAAAUCAUCAUCCGUACGUACUCAUUCAUACUUUUUAACAAAAACAAAACACAAUCUAAGAUAUCUAUCAAGAUCUUAAGAUAUCUACGUAGAGAUGUUUCGUUUUCCGAUAAGUCUUGGAGGAGGUCCACGUGACAAUACGAAGCCGUUGGAUGAGCAGCAUCAUCGGGCGGUGGUGGAUGAGGUUGACUUUUUCCGAUCGGCGGAGAAGAGAGAUAGGGUUUCACGUGAUGAUCAAGAUAUGAUCGCCGAUCAUGAGACUCAUAGGGUUCAUGUCAAAAGGGAGAAUUCACGUGUUGAUGAUCAUGAAGAUCGUUCUACGGAUCAUAUCAAUAUUGGACUUAAUCUUCUCACUGCGAAUACGGGAAGCGACGAGUCAAUGGUGGAUGAUGGAUUGUCUGUGGAUAUGGAAGAGAAACGUACAAAGUGUGAGAAUGCGCAACUUCGAGCAGAGCUAAAGAAGGCGAGUGAAGAUAAUCAAAGACUAAAGGAAAUGCUAAGUCAAACAACCAACAGCUUCAACUCCUUGCAGAUGCAACUUGUUACUGUCAUGAGGCAACAAGAAGAUCAUCAUCACCUUGCUACAACUGAGAACAAAGACAACGCCACGAACCGACAUGAAGUGCCUGAAAUGGUUCCGAAACAGUUCAUCGAUUUGGGACCGCAGUCUGAUGAAGUGUCGUCUGAGGAGAGGACGACGGUUCGGUCAGGAUCUCCUCCAUCGCUUCUAGAGAAAUCUAGCUCACGUCAAAACGGAAAGAGAGUGCUUGUAAGAGAAGAAAGCCCAGAAACCGAAUCCAACGGCUGGAGAAACCCUAACAAAGUUCCUAAACACCACGCAUCCUCCAGCGAUUGCGGUGGCAAUGGCAGUGAAAAUGCAAGUAACAAGGUCAUCGAGCAAGCGGCCGCGGAAGCCACCAUGCGUAAAGCCCGUGUCUCAGUUCGUGCUCGAUCCGAAGCUAACAUGCUAAGCGAUGGAUGUCAAUGGAGAAAAUACGGGCAGAAAAUGGCGAAAGGAAACCCGUGCCCUCGAGCUUAUUACCGUUGCACAAUGGCCGUUGGAUGCCCCGUUCGCAAGCAAGUGCAACGUUGCGCGGAAGACAGAACCAUUCUCAUAACAACCUACGAAGGAAACCAUAACCAUCCAUUACCUCCCGCGGCUAUGAACAUGGCUUCAACCACAACCGCAGCCGCAAGCAUGCUCCUCUCAGGCUCCACAAUGUCGAACCAAGACGGUUUAAUGAACCCAACAAAUCUCUUGGCUCGAACCAUGUUACCGUGUUCCUCAAGCAUGGCCACUAUCUCAGCCUCUGCACCAUUCCCAACCAUUACAUUAGACCUCACAGACUCAUCCAACGGUAACAAUCCAACCAAUAACCCGCUGAUGCAAUUCUCUCAACGGUCUGGUUUCGCGGAGUUGAACCAAUCGGUUUUGCCUCAUAUGAUGGGUCAGGCUUUGUACUACAACCAACAGUCUAAGUUCUCGGGUUUACAUAUGCCGUCUCAGCCUCUAAACGCUGGCGAGAGCAUUAGCGCUGCUACUGCCGCCAUCGCCUCCAAUCCCAACUUUGCAGCGGCUCUAGCUGCAGCCAUAACUUCUAUUAUCAACGGUUCGAAUACUCAGCAGAAUGGGAACAACAAUAACAGUAAUGUCACGACGAGCAACGUUGACAAUAGGCAAUAACAUUUUUUUUUUUAAUGUUUUAGUUAGGACCUUUUUAUCGGUCGAUUUUGUUUUUGUUCUUGUUUCUUUUUUUUAUGUUUCAUUUUUAGUUACGGCUUUUUUUUUUCCGAACAACAAGAGUCUUGAGAGCAAUUUUUCUUUCUCGUUUCCUUGUGUAUGAUCGACAAUUGUGUUGAGGGAUAUAAAUUGCUUAAACUUUUCCAAAA